GCCAAAUUUAGCUAAAAACAAAUUCAAGCUAUUUUAUUUGUUUGACCAAGUCUACUGUAACAUCCGCUAGCUCAUAUGAUAAUAAACUCUGCAGAUCGGAAUAUUUAUGGCAAAGUGCAUUUUUAUUCUUUUUCUAUGGACUCUGUCAGUGGGAAAUAGUAAUGGAAUUCAAGAAAGUAAACAAACAAGAAUUACAGUUGAACCUGAACCAAAUGCUUACACCAUUUCAUUCUUUAAGUUACCAAAUAGAGCUACCAACGAAAUCUUAAAAAGUCAUAGAAAAAGGGAUAGCGAUGAUUUGUCUGCUCAUGAGAAGAUAAAAGAAGAUUUCCUUAAUAGUAGCACUUCUAAAGUUGUGCACCCACUCAAAGAACGUAAACAAAACAUUAAUUUAUCGACUAAUAUCACCAAAUCUAUAAAUAAAAAUACGAUAUUGGAAAAGGAAGAAAAGAGAGAGAAAGGUCUUUCAAGGGCUGAAAAUUCACAAGACGUUGACCUUGAUCGAGGCAAAACGACAAUUAAAACGUUGGAACCUUGGAGUCUUGGUCCACUUCAUAACAUGAUACAUUUUAGUGGACAUCAACUUAGAAAAAAUGAACACACAGCGGAAUCUUAUCAAGAGGGCAGUAUUAACCAUCCUUCGCACACAAUGUACCCAAUGUGCCAUCAAUGUCCCAGAAAUUCGUCGUACCAAGACUGUGUCAAUAAGAGAACAUUGAAGAGAUGCAACAAUGGACUGGACAAUAUUUGUUAUACUAAGAGCUUUCAGAGUAAAACACGAGGACUUAUUUAUGAAAUGGGUUGUUCAAAUCAUAAAAUGUGUCAAAAAGCAAAGGCCAAACCCUGCAAAGGAGAAAUAAAGAAAUGUUUUGUUUGCUGUCAGUUUGAUGGAUGCAAUGCACAAAGACACAACUAUUCUUAUUACCAAAAUCGUAAAGAAGAUGACAACCUUAAAUAUUCAGUGUUUGGUAAUGCAGCACAAUCAGUAACGUGUGAUUUCUUUUUAGUGCUCGGAAUGACGUUGCUUAUUUUCAUCAUGCAAAAAUAAUAAAGGUAAAUCUUUAAUCAGAUUAAUCAGAAGAUUGGAUGAAUAAGACAAAAUUUUGUUAAAGAAACGAGACAUGCGUGUAUAAUCUCCAGUGAGCUAAUGAAAUACACAUUAGCUACACAUUCGAAUUAUAAACGAUAUUUAUCUUCCAAUAACUUAAUUAUCGUGAGCACCAUCGAUUGGCUGAUUAAUAGCAUGUAAUCAAUAAGAAUUUGACAAUAAAUAUUUAUUAACUGUCAAAACAAAA